AUGAAACUUCCAGAUGGCAAGACGCUUCGCGCAGGGGAUCAUGUUUCACGAGAUUCGCAGGAGGAGGCAGAUGCCAUAUUCCUACGGAACCAAGAAGCUUCACCACUGCUGCAACUACCUGGAGAAAUCCGCAACAAAAUCUACCGAUACGCUCUUGGCAGUCACCACAUCUAUCUGAACGAGCACUAUCACAAUUUCAAGAAGAUUGUUAUCCGAGGUGUUGAUGGAAAACGAAUAUCCAAGGAUGACCUCUUCGCACUUGGCUACACUUGCCAACAGAUUCACUCGGAGUCUGCGGUCUUGCUCUUCAGUCUUAACGAAUUCUUUAGCUAUUUUUGGUCUAUGUUCGAAGUUCAGAGAUGCGAAUUGUUCACGCCGAGCCAGCGCAAUGCAAUACGUAACAUCAGUGUUACGAUAUGUUGCUUCAGACACUUCAAGGGCAGUGAUAUAACUAUCGCUAACACGUUCGGUGGACUGGAGCGGAUUACACUGGUGGCUACUGCAGGUCUGUAUAAUACAAACCUGGGAGGCGAUGCAGUGAACAUUGACAAAAUAAAACGGGAAUUAUUCCAGCUUUUUGGUCGCGAGAUGGAAGUUAUCUUGAAGACUCGAGGUAAUUUAUACAAGUAG